GUGUUAGCGUGUUUGUGUGUUAGCCCCUUCUUGCCAAACUGUUUCAAAUUCCUUGAACUGCGCCAGUGACGCAGCUACUUCCCGGUUGGGUCCGCCCCGCGCUCUCGGUCGAAAGGGGCAAAUCUCCGUCGUCGGAUUUUCAUGAAAAAGUCUCAUUUUAAAUGAAUUACAUUUAUGCCGACUUAUGGGGCUGAAGUAAGAGCUAUUCCCCGGCGGGACGGUGGCUGUCCAGUUUGCAGGUGGCCUCAGAUGGACUGAAUUAAACCUGUAAGAUAAUGGAGGGAGCCGGGCACAGACGAAGAUGGGAUAAUAAAGCCCCUGCUGGCACAGUACUGCUCCUCAUGUGUGUGUUCAUCCACUCGUUGGCAUCGAUGGUGUGUCCACCUGGGGACUACGCUACAGAAAAGGGAAUUUGUUGCAACAAAUGUUCUCCAGGUUUUAAGCUUGUAGAAGAGUGUCAUGCUGCAGGUCAGAGGAGCAAUUGCACGCCUUGCCCUCUUGGACAGUACACAGAUCAGAUGAACUAUGUCUUCACCUGCAUGAGUUGCAAAAGAUGCUUAGCAUCAAGGAAUGAAGUUCAGGUGUCAGCAUGUCAAAGUAACCAAAACACUAUUUGUCAGUGUAAAUAUGGUUAUUACAAAUCUAACAUCGACUCAGUAAGCUCACAGUGUCUUAAGUGUUUACCGUGUGGACCUAACGAAAUGGUAAAACAGGCAUGUACUACAGAGAGAAACACUGUCUGUACAUGUAAGGAAAACUACUACAGAGUCGGUCGCAAGUGUGAACUGUGCAAAAAUUGUACAGCGGAGUGCACACGUUACUGCUCAACACCUUCUUCUGUGACCACACAAGAGCCUCCUAAACCGCCUCCCUCUGGAAAUGCAGUCUAUAUUGCCAUAACUGUUGGAGCAUUUGUAUUGGCAGUGCUGGUGUUUAUCACCCAUAUUGUCACAAAAUGGUUUAUCAAGAAGAAAUUGUUAAAAUCAUCCUCCCAGCCAUCUGAUGUCCCUCUGCAAUACAAGCCGGUCCUGAUUGUCAAUGAGGACCCUUUGGACAACAGCAGUGUCAAAGCCCUUCCCCAGAGCCCUGUGGGUGAACAGGAGCCACCUAAUCUGCCUGACUGUGUCCCCCUGGAAAUCAAGGUCCCUGACCUGAUCUACACUGUGCUGGAUCUAGUUCCUGUACUGCAAGUGAAGCAACUUGUGCGUACUCUCGGUGUGAGGGAUAUAGAGAUCGAACAAGCAGAGAUGGAUCACAGGUCCUGCCGGGAGGCUCAUUACCAGAUGCUGCGGGUGUGGACUGAGAGAGUGUUGCGUGCAGGCGAAGUUGGACAAGGGGAAAUGCUACACUGGCCAUUGAUGCAAGAGUUGUUGGACCAACUGCGAAAGAUGCACCUGGAAUGGGCAGCUGAUGAACUGGAGACAAAGUAUGGCAUUCAGUAAUUCUUCAACUGGUGCCAAGUGGAACAAAAAACGAAUGAAACCAAGUACUGCGGUUCUCCUUAGAGACUCACUCACAGAAAGCGUAAAAAAAAUCAAACUGCAGCUUUAUUUCACAGCAAACACCUGUCACUGAGCACUCUACCUCUCAUGCCAGUCCUCAGCUGAGAUGACAGGGUGAAGCCACAGAGACCAACAGAUCACAUGGUUCCGGGGGGGAAGAGUGUCAGAAAAAUCAGAUUUUGCACCAAUAAAUUCUAUGCAAAGAAGGUUCUCGGUUCGAGCUCCGGCCGCCCCGGUGCCUUCUUGUGUGGAGUUUGCAUGUCUUCCCUGUGCUUGUGUGUGUUCUCUCUGGGUACUCCGGCUUCCUCCCACAGUCCA